GACUAUAGACUAAAACCAAUUACUCCAUAUCAUUUUUAAAAGAGUUACGUUUUUUCUUUCUUUCUUUUGCUUUGCUAUUCGAUCAUCAAGUCUUCAUAUCAGCCAGAAGCUUGAAAUGGGGUUCAAAGAUUUUCAUCUCACGCUAGUCAAGAGUUUAGGGCUGGGGAGAUUCCUCAAGAGAGAUGGCGGCGGUCCAAGAAAGAAGAAAGGCAAGGCCGGGAAUAAUAACACUACUGGUAAAAAGAGGCCUUCAUGGUUGACGCCGGUGUCGCACGGGUACCAUGCGGUGGAGGGACGGUCUCCGACCGCCGGCGGAUGGGCGGAGGACGAGGCGGAGGUGGUGGUGCAACGGGAGGAGGUGGAGGAGUGUGAGUGGUGGUUUUAUGGAGUUUUGCACGCUAGAAUUGGUGCAGGCGUCACGGAGUAUUUACAAGACCAUUUGUUCAAUGGAAAGCUUAAAGAGUCACAAAUGAGGUUGAAGAGCAAGGAGACAAUGAAAAAGGCACACCUCAAGGCAAGAACGAAGAUCACGAUGGAAACAGAGACGCCAGAGAAGGAGCGGCACCGAAAUCUCGGCUCAGCAUCUGCAAUUGUGAUCAAUGGAGAGAGGCUCGUAAUCGCAAACAUGGGCGACUAUAAAGCUGUUAUUUGCAACGACGGCGUGGCCUUCCCGGUUGGGACACGCCGACACCAGAACUGCUGGUCCUGUAAAUUGUUUCCAGGAGCAGUAAGGAAUCCUAGAAUGCAUACAGCUGCACCUGAUGCUACAAGCAAUGCUGAUAGCUAGUAGUGGUGUGUGGGAGGUUAUGAAGGAGCAAGAGGCAGUGAACCUUAUAAGACACAUAGGGGACCCAAAAGAAGCAGCUGAAUGCUUAGCAAAGGAGGCUUCAACCAGGAUGA